UUCUCUGUGAAACUCUGAAUGAAUGAGAGAAUAAAUUACAAAGGGAAAAUCGCCUAACUUAAGAAGCUUCCAGGGUGGGACUGGGGAUUCAUUUGCUCUCUCUCUCACACGCACAAACACGCACAGUAAAAGGGCACUCUCUUCGCGACCAAGGGAAAAGGAUAGGAACAUAUCCCAUUUGCGGCAGCGAACGGGAUGGGAUGCAUUACUAGCGACGACAGGAGUGAUAUUUUGAUCCAUUUCGUGGAUUGCUCUUCUCGUAGUUCAUGGUGUGGCUGCUCUUCCUCUCCAAACUAGGUGCUCUAAUGAUGCAGUAGUAGUCGACAAGAAGAAGAACUGAAGAAGAAGAAGCUGAAGAAGUAAGUCGAUCGUGCCGAAGAAGAAGAAGCUCUUCAUUUUUUUUGCACUCCACCGCCACUAGGAGAAUAGAUUGAUCCAUCCCGGAUAUAAUUAGAGAAGCCAGCAGGAUUUGGGGGGCUGCAAUAUCUGCAGGCGCCAUAUAUAAUUACUGAAUAUCAUGAAUUUCAUGGCCCCUAGACAACCAGGAGGAGGAGGAGGAUAUUACGAGGAAGAUUCAUCAAGAGCAACCCGCCCUUUUUCUCAGCCGUCUUCUGCUGCUGCUGCUACUCCUCAACAUCAUCAUCAUCAGUACCUGCAGCAGAGAGACCUCCUUGUCCCUCCAUCCUACAACCACCACCAACCACGGGGACCGUGGGAUGAUAGGAGAGUCUCUUUCCGAGGCUACAGCUGUGGUGGAGCUUCCCAGCUUGAUCUCAUGGCGAUGGAUUCUUCUUCAUCGCCUACUACAAACGGCAGCAGCUGCAGCAACAUCGUUGAGGAUGCCGAUGAGCCUCGCGUGGGAGGAGGGAACACUACCAGUGCGUCGUUGAUAAUAGAGAGAGAACACAUGUUUGAUAAAGUGGUGACACCGAGCGACGUCGGCAAGCUCAACAGAUUAGUCAUCCCCAAGCAGCACGCGGAGAAGUAUUUCCCUCUCGACUCCUCCACCAACGAGAAGGGACUCCUCUUGAAUUUCGAAGACAGAAAUGGGAAGCCGUGGCGAUUCAGGUACUCCUACUGGAACAGCAGCCAGAGUUACGUGAUGACCAAAGGCUGGAGCCGCUUCGUCAAGGAAAAGAAGCUCGAUGCCGGGGACAUCGUCUCCUUUCAGCGCGGAGUGGGUGAGCUGGGCAAGGAUCGAUUGUUCAUUGAUUGGAGGCGCCGACCCGACGCUCCCGAUCACCCUCAGUUGCCUCCUUCCAUGUCCACUGCUAGUUUUUCGCAGCUGCUUCCACAUCAUCAAUAUUCUUUCCGCCAUCCUUGGAACCAUCCUUUCUACUUGCAGCAUCAUCAGCAGCAGCAAAACCCCAGGGACCAUUACCAGUUGCUACAACUAAAUAAUGCUGCUACUGGUGUCGGUAUUAACAACAAUCCAAAUCCAUCUCAUCCUCAUCAUCUAAGCAACAACUACGCCUACGGCAAUGUAAUGACGGGAAACCCUUGUUCCGGCCCAUUCAUUUAUCUCAGAUCCGCUGCGGCUGCAAGGCCACAUCCCGUCAAUUUGGGAAUCGGAACUGUGCAAAUGGUGCAGAAAGGAGGAGGAGGCAGCGUUGGGCUGAACCCGGAGGAGGUGAUGGUAGAGGAGGGUGGGGAGGGGGAGGAGCCAAUGGUGUUUGAGUCGGUGCCACUGGUCCAAGGGAAGGCCGCAGCAAAGCGGCUGCGGCUGUUUGGAGUUAACAUGGAUUGCCCCAUCUCGGAGUCGUCGUCGGAGGAUCAGGAGGAUGAUAAUUGUGACAUACUUGUAUUACCUUCCACCGCAGUCGCUCAUCCUACAAUGCCAUCACAAUUUCCCCACUUGUGUUCAUCUCCACCUCCACCUCCGCCUGCUUCUUCUUCUUCCUCUUCUUCUUCUUCUUCUUCUUCAACUUGUCCUCUGCAGUUGAGGCCAUACAAUUAUGCCAGCCGUCCACCGCUCCACACAAUGCCCUCCAACAACAAAAGCAGUAGCAGCGACAGCAAGGGCAAGGCAUCUAUGUCCUUGGAUUUGGAUAUAUAGUUAGAUGGAGUGGCACCGGGGACUCGGGAGUGACUAAAAAUCUUCUAAGCUGGGACAUAUACGACUUGCGUGAAUGCGGCCUUGCGUCCAAAGCCACAAAUGCUAGUGCUAUAUAUGAUCAAGAAAGGAGGGAAGGAAGGAUGAGCUCUUUCAUUUGCUCCAAAUUCAUGCUGGCUGUGCGGAGACGUCCUCAAAGAAGAAAAGAAAAAGGAAUUAUGGCUGAUGUGAUCAUCAUGAGAAGCCCUCUGAAAGGUGGAAAACAAAAGAAAAAAAUUCAAUACUAGUAUUGUUAAAACAGUAGUAGUUUUUUCAAUUUAUUGUUAUCUGCAAUACUUACAUACGGACUACUGCUGCUAGUACUCCCGUUAAUUUCAACUUAAAUUAGAUUUCAUUCAACACGGAUAGGUUGCAUUACAGAUCCUUCAUGCCUUUUGUCUACUAACCAUAAUUUUUAUUUCUUAUCUUUGCCUUGAAUGCGCUGCCACCUCCUUUUGUAGGGCUUUGAUUGCCCAACGUGUAUCGUCGCUAUAUAUAGGCUUUUUUCCC